GAGAGCUACCGACCAGCAAUGGCGGAGAGGGUGAGGAGGCUGGCGUCGCAGCGCGCGGUGGUGAUCUUCGGGACGAGCAACUGCUGCAUGUGCCACGUGGUGAAGACGCUCUUCACGGAGAUGGGCGUCAGUUGGACGGUGCACGAGCUGGACAAGGACCCCCGCGGGAAGGACGUCGAGAGGGCGCUCGCCAGCAUGGCCGGCCGGAGCCUGCCCGUGCCGGCCGUCUUCAUCGGUGGCGCGCUCGUCGGCCCCACCGACAAGGUCAUGGCGCUGCACCUCGGCGGCCAGCUCGUGCCGCUCCUUCGCCAGGCCGGCGCCCUCUGGCUCUGAGGCAGCCUCUUACGAAUGCAUGGCUGAUGCAUGCAUGGAGUAGUAGCUUGCAGUUACAGAGUUAUACUACCUGUGAUCACAAUACGAGAAUCCACCUUAUGCAUACAUAAUGCUGUUCGAUCGGUUAAUGGCGUAUGUAUUGUACAUUGGGUGCAGCUACAUGUCAGUCCAUUGGUUU